AAUGAGGCGAGGUCGAGAUGAAAAGCCUAUAGACACACAUCGUUCAGGCUCAUACAGAACACUAGCGAACUAGCCUGACGUGUUGAGUCGUAGCAGUCAACCUGCAGCUGAAACACAGCUGAGAAGGUUGCAGGGUUAUAAAAAUCUAAAUUCGUAUUUGAGUCUUAACUUUGUUGAUCUUAACUUACCAUUUUAUGAUGGAAGAAAAUCAUGUUAUCAAGACCAAAAUCGUUUAAACAACCAUUUUAAACAUUUAAUCCAGCAACCUAACAAUAUAAUGUAAUCACUACUAGUACUGGUUAACUAACCAGGGUCACGCAACGAUCUAACAAGAAAAUGAAGAAUAUAUAUUGUGAUAUAAUUGAACUAAGUGCUUUAUCUGUCUGUUUUUUUUUUUAAAUCAUUUUGCUAAUGAUGUUUGGUAAAUUCAUCACCUUAAGCCUUUACGUUCAUCCUCAACGAAGUUCCUUGCUUCCUUUUAAUCAUAAAUACAGGCUAUGAACAAGACGUUCAUUAAUCAGUCACUAAUCAUCUCAUCAAAAGCUCGACAGGAAGAUGCUGAAGCACAGGAACAGAGCCGACAUGACAAUGGUCAUCUCACAGCUAGAAAUAACAGCGUCAACAUUAUUAUUCAGUAUUUUCUGAAUUCAUGAACGUUAUCUAAAACACCAGGUUCCAAUCUCGUCGCUCUCAGUACUACUGUAGGCCUGAGUACCGCUCUACAAUUCCCUGUCUGUCUUAUUACCCAGAUUAUCCUGACUAUCACUAUUUCUGAUUGGAAUUUAAAGCUUAUUGACAUAAAAUAACUCCAGUGACACAAUUACAGUGGUUUGGAUGUCGGCUAUAAAACCGAAUUAUUGCUGCGUGUGAACAUGAAUUCUGCAUCUCUCAGGUAAACAUCUGUGUGACUCAGAUGGUUUCAGGUUUCUGUUUGCACUACUGACUUCUGGUGGUUGUAGGAGGUCACACAGCACUUCGGUGGAAAUUUCAGAUGAACUUGUGACGUAAAAGCUAGGGAGGUUAUAUAGGGUAUAGAGUUUCAAGUGUUUAAUGCUUUUGGCAUGCAGACAUUUGAAGCUUUCACUGUUUUUCAUGAACAUGGCUCUGGUCUGGAUUUUAAUUGUCUUUCUUUGCAAAAUGUACUCAUCACAAUCUGUAGAUUUUGAUGAACCGGUCUCACUCAUCUCUGCUGAUCUUGGCCAUGCUGUGACUCUUCAUUGCACAAUGGGAGUAAAGUCCAAUAUGGAUCUUAUAUUGUGGUACAAGCAAAAACCGGGGCGGAUCCCUCAGGGGAUCGGGAUGAUCGGAGUGGCAAUAGGGGAGAUAAUUUUACCAGCGUUCAAUGAGACUGUUUAUCAACUCACCAAAACUGGAAACAUAACUUCUUUGAAUAUUCUACAUGUUACUAAAGACGAUGAAGCGAUGUACAUCUGUGGAGCUUCUCGAGUGAAUGUUAUUGAGUUUUCCAGUGGAAUCUUUUUAUCUGUUAGAGAUAAACCACAUCUGGGCAUCUCGGUGUGGCAGCGCGGCGUGUCAGACUCGGUUCCUGCAGGAGCCUCAGUGACUCUGCAGUGCUCGGUUCUCUCUGAGAGCAAAGCAGCAGAACUCCAAGUGCUCUGGUUCAGAGCUGCUCCACCACAAUCCCAUCCUCAAAUCAUUUACACUCAUCACAACAGCAGCCAUCAGUGUGAGAUCGACUCUUCACACACCUGUGUGUACAACUUCUCCAAGAACAUCCUCAGCCUCAAUGAUACUGGAACUUACUACUGCGCUGUGCUCCUGUGUGGGAAGAUCAUCUUCGGGAACGGGACACAAAUACAGAUGGCGCAGUCGGUAAAUUCUCUACUGAUGGUUCUGGCAACAACUUUGGGAGUGUGUGGAGUUCUGAUCGCUGCUCAAACCGUUUUCAUAUGCAGAAAGACGCUUUAUAAAAGCCGCAGUGAGAGACUUCGUCAAGGUACCAAGAUAGAAAGAGCAACUGAUCUGGGCCAUGACGUGGACUACACAACUCUACAUUUUAAUAAGAAGACCAAAAGCGAGAAGAGAAAGCGUGAAGAACCUGAAAACAUCCUGUACUCUGAAGUCAGAAAUCUCAGCCACUAAAUAACUCAGAAGUUCUCAAAUUUAAAUAAAGCUAACUAAAUCCAUUCUGGGUGACAUCUCUACAGAAGGUUCAGAAGGACUACAAAAAUGACACUAAAGAAACAGGCAGAAUGUCAAGAACAUUUAUGAGAAACUCUCCUGUUCUUGUAACUCGUUACCUGUGCCAAGAUGUUGAGGUGAGAAGAAUCAGAAUGUAAUAUGACCUACGACGGGAUCAUCAUCAUCAUGCAGCAAAACCUUUGUGUCUCAUACAUUCAAUAAGAUCUCAGAAAACCAGGAACUUUAAGGAUCCCAAUAAAUAAACACGAAGAUACGGGAAAAUCACCACAAUGCCAUGUGUGAAGAGUUUUAAAAGUGAUUUAAUUUCAUAUUUUAUUUUAAUGUGGUUUGAACCGAAUGAAAAAAUGAGCAACUUUUAAUUAUUUCUGCCUAUUUUUUGUAACUGUUUAUAAAUCUUCACAUGAUUCAGUUUUGAUGAGGGUGCCGUUCAUUUUGGCUGAUCCAUUCCGGAUCGAGUUUAUUUCAGUAAUCGAAUCGUUUCCCUGUUCUCUCAUGUACACUUUGCUUCUGAAGAUUUAAGAGCAACUGCUCUGUAAUUAAAUACAGAAAAGCUC